CAUCUUUCACCUGCAGCCUCGGUGUAUGUAGAAACGCUCCGGAUAAAAUGUUGGUGCUCCUACCGAAAUCUGCCAAAAUAAUCUGGCCACACUGGACAUGACAGCUCUCAAGCGAAUCAACACAGUUUGUUUACAGUUCAACAAGCCACAGCACCCGUGUCGUGAAAAACACAAUGUGGGGUGAACAGAGUGAAAAGUCCGCCCCGUUCGUGUGGAAGAAGAAGCUCGAGAAGCAGGGCCUGAAGGACAUCUCACGGCGCGAGCUCGAGGCACUGAAUAGGAAAACGCAGCUCGAGAAUGUAAUCGAGCUGGAAAAGAUAAAAAAGCGCCGGCUGGAGCGGGAGCACCAGCAGCAGCAGCGGGAAGAUGAUAUGUAUCUGAUGCAGCGCUCGAAGGAGGCGGCCCAGUUUGACGAGUGGCAGCGGCAGGAGGAAACGUUCCAUCUGGAGCAGGCGAAGCUGCGCAGCAAGAUCCGCAUACAGGACGGGCGGGCCAAGCCGAUCGAUCUGCUCGCCCAGUACAUCUCGGAGCAAAACCUGGAGGAAUCGAUCGAGAUGCAGAUGCACGAACCGUACACGUACCUGAACGGGCUGGGGCUGGACGAUCUGGAGGACCUGCUGGUCGACAUCAAGGUGUACAACGAGCUAGAGAAAGGGAAAAAUCUGGACUUUUGGACCGAUCUAACCAUCAUCGUGGACGAUGAAAUUCACAAGCUGCGCAAGGUGGAGGCGGAAAAGCAGCGCAUUGCAGCCGGGCGUCGCGAAGGCAUCCACCAGAGCGUGGCGAAGGAUGUGACGCAGAUUUUUCGAGGCAAAACGGCCCAACAGCUGGAAGACCUCAAGAAGAAGAUUGAGGACAAAAUUGGCAGCCAGCAGGACGGGCUCGACAUUGGCUACUGGGAGAGUUUGCUGUCCCAGCUGAAGGCACACAUGGCACGGGCGAGACUGCGCGACCGGCACCAAGAGAACCUGCGCAGCAAGCUCGAACUACUGAAGCAGGAGCAAGAGCAGCAGGUAAAGAAGGAGGUACAGUCGGAAGAUGAUGAGGCGGGUCCGUCCGGGCUGGGACAAGCGGACGACUCCUCCUCGAGGGACAGUGCGGCAGUCCAGUCCGAAACUGAAGCGGCCGGACCGAGCAAACCCACGCAAGACACCUACGAAUCGGACCUGCUGAACGAGUGCUUCGAGCAGUACAAAAAGGGUGGGUACGAGCCGAAGUACCUGCAACCUGGUGACCUGGAGCCCGGUAUCGAAAUCAUCACCGAAGACAAGGACGAAGAGAUACUGGAUCUGCUGCGACAGAAGGUGCUCGGCAUCAACCAGGACGAGGAGCUGUACUCGCGUGAGGAGAUGCUGCUGCGCAAGGAGGCACGCCGCGGCAUGGACAACGAUGAGGCCGAAUUUUCCGUCGAAACGCGUGUCGAUUCGCAAGUGUACCUGUGGUCGGACAAGUAUCGGCCACGCAAACCACGCUACUUCAAUCGUGUCCACACCGGCUUCGAGUGGAACAAGUACAACCAGACGCAUUACGAUAUGGACAAUCCGCCGCCGAAGAUUGUGCAGGGCUACAAGUUUAACAUCUUCUAUCCGGAUCUGAUCAACAAGAACACGACGCCACAGUACUUCCUGACCCCGUGCUCGGAUAAUGGCGACUUUGCGACGCUGCGCUUCCAUGCUGGGCCACCGUACGAGGACAUUGCGUUUAAGAUUGUGAACCGCGAGUGGGAGUUUAGCUACAAGCGGGGGUUCCGGUGCCAGUUCCAGAACAACAUUUUCCAGCUAUGGUUCCACUUCAAGCGCUACCGGUACCGCCGUUAAGUAGGACGCGUGGUAGAAGGGGGGAUUUUAUGUUGUAUUAUUUAAGUGCGCACGGAAGCAAUUGACUAAUAAAGUAC